UCACAAAUGAGAAACCAUACGGGGAUAACAUUAUUCGUUCUCAGGGGACUGACAGAUGACACACACCUGAAGGUUCUGAUUUUUAUCUUUCUGUUUCUGACCUACAUGCUGAGUGUAACUGGGAAUUUGACCAUCAUCACCCUCACUUUGGUGGAUCCCCACCUUAAAUCCCCCAUGUAUUUUUUCCUUAGAAACUAUUCCUUCUUAGAAUUGUCAUUCACAACUGUCUGUAUUCCUAGAUACCUAUACAACCUGUCAACUGGAGACUACACUGUGACUUAUAAUGCAUGUUUCACUCAAUUAUUUUUUGGUGUUCUCCUUGGGUCCUCAGAAUUUUUUCUCUUGGCUGCCAUGUCUUAUGACCAUUAUGUAGCCAUCUGCAAACCCCUGCACUAUACCACCAUAAUAAACAACAGAGUCUGUAACCAGCUCCUCCUGGGUUGUUGGCUGUCUGGGCUAAUGAUCAUCAUUCCACCACUUGGUAUUUGUCUUGAGUUAGAAUUCUGUGACUCCAAUAUAAUUGACCAUUUUGCCUGUGAUGCAGCACCAUUGCUGGACAUCACAUGUUCAGAUACACAGGUAGUAGAAAAAAUGAUUUUAGCCUUGGCUGUGUUGACACUCAUGAUCACCUUGCUGUUAGUGGUUCUGUCUUAUGCCUAUAUAGUCAGGACUAUUCUGAGAUUCCCUUCUGCCCAGCAAAGGAAAAAGGCCUUUUCCACUUGCUCCUCCCACAUGAUUGUAAUCUCCAUGACGUAUGGCACCUGCAUUUUCAUCUAUAUCAAACCUUCUGCAAAGGAAGGGGUGGCUUUGAAUAAGGUUGUAAUAUUGCUUGCAACCUCAGUGGCACCAGUAAUGAACCCCUUUAUUUACACCCUGAGGAAUAAACAAGUGAUACAAGCUUUUAGAGACAUAUUCAAAAGGAUCAUAUUGAUUUCAAAGCAAUAA